GCUGCUCAGCCAGGGGGAGAAAAGGACACAGCCAUGGUGGUCUUAAGACAGGGUGAUUAUGUGUGGAUGGACUCGAGCAUAGGUGUACCGAUCGGUGCUGAGGUCAGAAUCUCACAAUCAGGCCAAAUUCAGCUCGUAGAUGAUGAAGGAAAGGAGCACAAAGUCAAGAAACAGGACAGCUCCCUGAAGCACAUGCACGCCUCUUCCAUUAAUGGCGUAGACGACAUGAUUCGACUAGGCGACCUCAACGAAGCUGGCCUGCUCAGGAACCUUCUGAUUCGCCACAGGGAGGGAACCAUCUAUACAUACACAGGGUCCAUUCUGGUGGCAGUGAACCCAUACCAGCUGCUGCCGAUCUACACUCCAGAGCAGAUACAGCUGUACACAAACCGCCGUCUAGGUGAACUGCCCCCGCACGUGUUCGCCAUUGCAGACAGCUGCUUCUUUAACAUGCGGCGCAGCCGCCAAGACCAGUGCUGCAUCAUCAGUGGGGAGUCUGGUGCAGGAAAGACAGAGAGUACCAAACUGAUGCUGCAGUUCCUGGCAGCAGUGAGUGGACAGCAAUCAUGGAUAGAGCAACAGGUCCUUGAAGCUAACCCCAUACUGGAAGCCUUUGGUAAUGCAAAGACAAUUCGCAAUGAUAACUCGAGUCGCUUUGGGAAGUACAUCGAUAUCCAGUUCAGUAAGGGGGGAGCCAUUGAAGGAGCCCGCAUUGAACAGUACCUACUGGAGAAAUCACGUGUCUGUCGACAGGCUCAAGAGGAGAGGAACUACCACAUCUUUUACUACAUGCUGAUGGGCAUGCAGGCUGAACAGAAGAAAAUGUUGUCUCUGAGUAAUGCUGUUAAGUACAACUACCUGAAUAUGGGCAAGUGCACUUCCUGUGAGGGGCGGGAUGAUGUAAAGGAAUACGCCCACUUCUGCUCAGCCAUGAAGAUCUUGACAUUCACAGAGAACGAUUCCUGGGAAAUUCAUAAGCUGCUUGCUGCCAUCCUCCACCUAGGCAACACAGACUUUGAAGCCACCGUUUCAAAUAAUCUGGAAGGCUGUGAUAUCAUCACCUCUACCCAUUUCAAAAUGGCUGCACAGUUGUUGGAGGUGGACAUAAAGACUUUAGAUGCAAGUUUGACUCAAAGGUCCUUCAUGACUAACAGAGAGAGUGUAUCUAAACCUCUUUCCUCAGACCAAGCAAGUGAUGGCAGGGAUGCCUUUGUAAAGGCCAUCUAUGGAAGAUUGUUUGUGUGGAUUGUGGAGAAAAUCAACAGUGCCAUUUUCAAGCCACCCUCUGAGGAGUCCAGCGAUACCCGUAACUCAAUAGGCUUGCUAGACAUCUUUGGAUUUGAAAACUUCAAGCAGAACAGCUUUGAACAGCUGUGCAUUAACUUUGCCAAUGAGCAGCUACAGCAGUUCUUUGUGAAGCAUGUCUUUAAGAUGGAGCAGGAGGAGUACGCCAACGAGAACAUUGUCUGGAAACACAUCGACUACAUCGAUAAUCAGGGCACCCUGGAUGUGCUGGCCAGCAAACCUCUCAACAUUCUUUCUCUUAUUGAUGAGGAGAGUCACUUUCCUAAGGGCACAGAUACCACCUUGCUGCAAAAGAUGCAUAAUUGUCAUGAGAAAAGCAGAGUCUACAUCCCUCCUAAGAACAGUCAUGAUAAAACCUUUGGAAUUGAGCAUUUUGCUGGGCCAGUUUAUUAUGACUCAAAAGGUUUUCUGGAAAAGAACAGGGAUGCUCUUAGUUCAGAUCUCAUCAUGUUGGUGGAAACUUCUAGCAACAAGCUCCUCAAACAGAUCUUCCACAGUGAUCUAAUCAAUGUGAAGAGCAAUGCCAACCCCAAUGUGAUCACCUCCACGAGCUCUUUGCAUCAAAUGACAGACACUAAGAAGCGAGUACCCACUUUAUGUGGACAGUUUCGUCAGUCUCUGGACUCCCUGAUGAAAACUCUGACUGCGUGCCAGCCUUACUUCAUUCGCUGCAUCAAACCAAAUGACUUUAAGAAACCCAUGCUGUUUGACAGAGAGCUGUGUCUGCGUCAGCUGCGCUACUUGGGCAUGAUGGAGACCAUUCGCAUCAGGAAAGCUGGCUACCCGAUCCGUCACACCUUCCAGCAAUUUCUUGAUCGCUAUCGUGUCCUACUCAACUCUGUCAUCUGUGACCCAAAAACGGAGAGUGCCAAGGCAUGCAGUGAGAGUAUUUGUAAGAACGUGCUCAGUGCUGGCGAUGACUGGAAAAUUGGCAAAACCAAAGUGUUUUUGAAGGAUUUCCAUGAUACCACGUUGGAGCUGAAACGGGACAAGGCCUUGAACGAAAAAGCGCUUAUUAUCCAGAAAGUCCUGAGAGGAUACAAGCACAGGAAACAGUUUCUUAAACAAAGGUCUGCAGCUGUGGUUGUGCAGAAAUAUUGGCGUAGACACAAAGACAGAAAACUUGAUAAAGUGGUCCAGUUGGGAUAUGCUCGUCUUCAGGCCACUGUGCGCUCUCGUCAGUUAGCACGCCAGUACGAACUGGAGCGUAAGGCCGCCUUGCUGCUGCAGGCGCAGAUCCGUAGCUACUUUACCAGGAAGGACUGGAUGCAAAUGAGAGCCGCUGUCAUCCUUUUACAGGCUCAUGUCAGAGGCAUGCAUGCCCGGAAAACUGUUCAGAAGAUGAAGAAAGAAGCCAUUUUGUUGCCGGAGCACAGGGCCGAAGAGCUGGAUGCUCUGGAGAAACAGAAAAAGGUGGAGGAAGUUCUACAUCAGAAGAGAGAGAAAGAGGCUGACAAACAGUCUGAGCCCAUCAAUAAUCAGAAAAAGAAGAAGGACCCAUUCUUUGGCUUCCUGCCUAGCCUGGGAGGAUUCAUCCCAAACAAGAGACCAGGAGCUGAUGACCUGCACCGCUUCAAUGAGCUCAUCCAGGGCGACAUUCGGCGCUGUCAGCAAGUGGUGGAUGAAGUGACGGAUGCAGUGGACUCCAUGAUGAAAGCAAUGGAUGACACCAUUAUGGAUCAUAAAGACAGAGUCCUCAAGUUAUUCAAAAAGAAUGGCACAGUCAAUAAGAACUCCAAGUUAAAGCGCAAAAACCAGACCCCAGGGGGAGAAAAGAACUCAGCCAUGGUGGUCUUAAGACAGGGCGAUUACGUGUGGGUGGACUCUAGCAUAGGUGUACCGAUCGGUGCUGAGGUCAGAAUCUCAGAAUCGGGCCAAAUUCAGCUCAUAGAUGAUGAAGGAAAGGAGCACAAAGUCAAGAAACAGGACAGCUCCCUGAAGCACAUGCACGCCUCUUCCAUUAAUGGCGUAGACGACAUGAUUCGGCUGGGCGACCUCAACGAAGCUGGCCUGCUCAGGAACCUUCUGAUUCGCCACAGGGAGGGAACCAUCUAUACAUACACAGGGUCCAUUCUGGUGGCAGUGAACCCAUACCAGCUGCUGCCGAUCUACACUCCAGAGCAGGUGCAACUGUACACAAACCGCCGUCUAGGUGAACUGCCCCCGCACGUGUUCGCCAUUGCAGACAGCUGCUUCUUUAACAUGCGCCGCAGACGCCAAGACCAGUGCUGCAUCAUCAGUGGGGAGUCUGGUGCAGGAAAGACAGAGAGUACCAAACUGAUGCUGCAGUUCCUGGCAGCAGUGAGUGGACAGCGAUCAUGGAUAGAGCAACAGGUCCUUGAGGCUAACCCCAUACUGGAAGCCUUUGGUAAUGCAAAGACAAUUCGCAAUGAUAACUCGAGUCGAUUUGGGAAGUACAUCGAUAUCCAGUUCAGUAAGGGGGGAGCCAUUGAAGGAGCCCGCAUUGAACAGUACCUACUGGAGAAAUCACGUGUCUGUCGACAGGCUCAAGAGGAGAGGAACUAUCACAUCUUUUACUACAUGCUGAUGGGCAUGCAGGCUGAACAGAAGAAAAUUUUGUCUCUGGGUAAUGCUGUGGAGUACAACUACCUGACCAUGGGCAAGUGCACUUCCUGUGAGGGGCGGGAUGAUAUAAAGGAAUACGCCCACUUCCGCUCAGCCAUGAAGAUCUUGACAUUCACAGAGAACGAUUCCUGGGAAAUUCACAAGCUGCUUGCUGCCAUCCUCCACCUAGGCAACAUGGACUUUGAAGCCACCGUUUCAAAUAAUCUGGAAGGCUGUGAUAUCAUCACCUCUACCCAUUUCAAAAUGGCUGCACAGUUGUUGGAGGUGGACAUAAAGACUUUAGAUACAAGUUUGACUCAAAGGUCCUUCAUGACUAACAGAGAGAGUGUAUCUAAACCUCUUUCCUCAGACCAAGCAAGUGAUGGCAGGGAUGCCUUUGUAAAGGCCAUCUAUGGAAGAUUGUUUGUGUGGAUUGUGGAGAAAAUCAACAGUGCCAUUUUCAAGCCACCCUCUGAGGAGUCCAGCGAUACCCGUAACUCAAUAGGCUUGCUAGACAUCUUUGGAUUUGAAAACUUCAAGCAAAACAGCUUUGAACAGCUGUGCAUUAACUUUGCCAAUGAGCAGCUACAGCAGUUCUUUGUGAAGCAUGUCUUUAAGAUGGAGCAGGAGGAGUACGCCAACGAGAACAUUGUCUGGAAACACAUCGACUACAUCGAUAAUCAGGGCACCCUCGAUGUGCUGGCCAGCAAACCUCUCAACAUUCUUUCUCUUAUUGAUGAGGAGAGUCACUUUCCUAAGGGCACAGAUUCAACUUUGCUGCAAAAGAUGCGUAAGUUUCAUGAUAAAAGCAAAGUCUACAUCCCUCCUAAGAACAGUUAUGAAACGAAUUUUGGAAUUGAGCAUUUUGCUGGGCCAGUUUUUUAUGACUCAAAAGGUUUUCUGGAAAAGAACAGGGAUGCUCUUAGUUCAGAUCUCAUCAUGUUGGUGGAAACUUCUACCAAUAAGCUCCUCAAACAGAUCUUCCACAGUGAGCUCUCCAUCAAUGGGAAGAGCAAUGCCAACCCCAAAAUGAUGAUCACCUCCACGAGCUCUUUGCGGCAAAUGACAGACACUAAGAAGCGAGUACCCACUUUAUGUGGACAGUUUCGUCAGUCUCUGGACUCCCUGAUGAAAACUCUGACUGCAUGCCAGCCUUACUUCAUUCGCUGCAUCAAACCAAAUGACUUUAAGAAACCCAUGCUGUUUGACAGAGAGCUGUGUCUGCGUCAGCUGCGCUACUCUGGCAUGAUGGAGACCAUUCGCAUCAGGAAAGCUGGCUACCCGAUCCGUCACACCUUCCAGCAAUUUCUUGAUCGAUAUCGUGUCCUACUCAACUCUGUCAUCUGUGACCCAAAAACGGAGAGUGCCAAGGCAUGCAGUGAGAGUAUUUGUAAGAAUGUGCUCAGUGAUGGUGAUGACUGGAAAAUUGGCAAAACCAAAGUGUUUUUGAAGGAUUUUCAUGAUACCAUGUUGGAGCUGAAACGGGACAAGGCCUUGAACGAGAAAGCGCUUAUUAUCCAGAAAGUCCUGAGAGGAUACAAGCACAGAAAACAGUUUCUUAAACAAAGAUCUGCAGCUGUGGUUGUGCAGAAGUAUUGGCGUGGACACAAAGGCAGAAAAUUCUAUAAAAUUGUCCAGUUGGGAUAUGCUCGUCUUCAGGCCACUGUACGCUCUCGUCAGUUAGCACGCCAGUACGAACUGGAGCGUAAGGCCGCCUUGCUGCUGCAGGCGCAGAUCCACGCCUACUUUGCCAGGAAGGAGUGGAAUCAAAAGAGAGGUGCUGUCAUCCUCCUACAGGCUCAUGUCAGAGGCAUGCAUGCCCGGAAAACUGUUCAGAAGAUGAAGAACGAUGCCUUUUUGUCACUGCAGGAGCGGAGGGCAGAAGAGCUGGCUGCUCAGGAGAGACAGAAGAAGCUAGAGGCUAUUCUCCGUCAGAAGAAAGAGAAAGAGGCUGCCGAACAGUCUGAGUUAAUCAAUGAUCAGGAAAUGGUAGACACAAUCUUUGGCUUCCUGCCCAGCAUGGUGGGAGGGCAGGAGGGCCAGGCACCUUCGGGCUUUGAGGAUUUAGAAGGAAAGCGGACUGUGUUAGAGGAAGUAGACCUGGAUGAUGCUCCUAUGGAGGACGAGAUUCCUGAGGAAGACUAUGAUGAUCUGGAUGAGUACUCAUUCUCCAAGUUUGCAUCUAUGUACUUCCAGGGUGCUGCUACACCCAUUCACAUCCGCCAGAGACUGCGCCAACCGCUGCUGUACCAUGAAGAGGAAAAUGACGUGGUGGCUUCUCUAACAGUGUGGUGGAUCAUCUUGAGGUUUAUGGGAGAUCUUCCUGAACCAAAAGCUCAGAAAGUCCCAACAAGCAGAUCAGCAUUUGCUGAUUACUCCCUACAGCAGGAUGUGGCAUCCAGGCAAGACAGACGUCUCAGCCACAUGGUUGGACUGGACCAGAAACUGUUGAGGAGCAAAAACAUAAGGAAAGACUCUUCAGCCCCAGAAGCGCUACCUCAGGGCAGAAAGUCAUCAACAUUUACAGAUCUGCUGUCAGGAAAAAGGAAAACAUCAACCAUGACAGAAGACAUUGUACCAAACCAGAAAGCUUCCUCCAUACCAUCGGAAGGUCCCAAAAACAGGAAGUCCUCUACCUUCGCUGAUCUGCUGACCCGGAACAGAAAGACAUCCACAAUCCCUGAGGAAACGUCAUCAAAUAGAAAGGCUUCCCGAAAACCAUCCAUCAUUGAAGAAGAGCCAGAGGAUGGCUCUGAAGUUUCCAAACCACCCACUAUACAAACUAUUAGUGAGGAAGUGGAGAACAUGAUUGAUGAAGGACUCACCCUGGACCGUCCACUCACAUCUCUUGAAAAGUUGCACAUCAUUGUAGGAUAUGGCAUUGUCAGACGUGACCUCAGAGAUGAGAUCUACUGUCAGAUAUGUAAGCAGCUCCAAGAGAAUGGAAAUCGCAGCAGCUUCUACCGAGGCUGGAUCCUUCUCUCUCUGUGCCUGGGCAUCUUCCCUCCCACAGAGCGCUUCAUUAAGUACCUGCAAAGCUUCAUUCGUCUCGGCCCUGUUGGAUAUGCUCCAUACUGUGCAGAAAGGCUGAGGCGCACCGUGGCCAAUGGAGUGCGUGGAGAGCCUCCCAGCUGGCUUGAGCUACAGGCAACCAAGACUAAGAAACCCAUGGCCAUCUCUGUGACUCUUAUGGAUGGGCGAAUUCUCAGUCUGCCUGUGGACUCGGCAUCUACUUCUAAAGAAGUCUGCCAGAUUAUCUCACAGAAAAUUAAACUAAAAGACACGUUUGGCUUCUCUCUUUAUGUAGCUGUUUAUGACAAGGUAUGGUCUCUUGGCAGUGGACAUGAGCAUGUGAUGGAUGCUAUAUCACAGUGUGAGCAGGAGGUGAGGCGGAAGGGCGGGCAGGAGCAGCAUGCCCCCUGGCGUCUCUACUUCCGCAAAGAGAUCUUCACUCCCUGGCAUGACUGCAGCGAGGACAGCACCAGCACAGACCUCAUCUACAGACAGGUCAUUAGAGGACUGAAGUAUGGCGAGUACCAGUGUGAGAAGGAGGAUAUAGUUGUCCAGUUGGCAGCGAAGCAUUUCUUUGUGCAGUAUGGCUCAGACGACAGUAUGGAGAAGGCUAAGAAUGUUGUUCAGGAUUGUGUUACCUCCAAGCUACUGGAAGACAAGUCAGAGGCCAAAUGGAUUCAGAUGGUCCACACAGCACAUGUUCAGGGUCCGUAUAUAGAUUCAAAGACAAAAGCUGAUCACAUAAAAGCAGAAGUGGUGGACUAUGCACGCCAGAAGUGGCCAAUGUUCUUCUCAAGGUUCUUUGAGGUUUCCAGGAUUUCAGGACCUUCACUACCCAAGAACAAAUUUAUCAUGGCUAUCAACUGGACUGGAAUAACCUUCCUGGAUGAACGUGAGAAGAAGUUUCUAGAACUCUCCUACCCAAUGGUGAAUGCCAUAAACACCAAGAGAACCCAGUCUGUGUGUCUGCUUACUCUGAAAGGAGACUUCACGCUAGGCACAGUCAAUGCUGGAGAUAUUGUUGAUCUGAUAGUUCUGUUCCAGACUGGCCUAACAGAGCGCUCUCAGUAUGCUGUAGCUCUGCAGGAGGUCAACAGGCAAGAUGAUCCAACCUUUCUUAGUUUCAAAAAAGCAGAGCUUAUCCUCCUUAUUAAAGACAAUGAAUUUUCUUCCAACCAUGGCUGGGUGAAGGGACAGAAUGAGCGAACUGGACAAAAGGGGGCAGUACCUACAGAUGCCAUCUACAUUUUACCUACUUCCACCAAACCCACUAAUGAGGUCUUGAGUUUGCUCAGCAUGUCCCCAGAUCAGAGAAAGAAUAUGAUUAACGACACUAUCAAAGGAACUAUUGCAGAAAGAGUACCUCGUGCAACGCUUAAAGAGUUCUCCAUUGAGUAUUUCAGACCUCCCACUAAAGAUGUGAACAGGCAGGUGAUUUCUAAAAACAUGGCACCUGAAAGGCUAUGGGCAAACUCCAGGGAGCCCAUGAGACAGCCCCUGCUUAAGAGAUUGCUGGGGAACCCAGAGCUCAGCCAUCAGGCCUGCCAGGCCUUCACUGCAAUCCUAAAGUACAUGGGCGACUAUCCCACCAGACAAAUUCAGAGUCCACUGGAGCUCACAGACCAAAUCUUCGAACCAGCCACUCAGAAUGAAGCACUCAGAGAUGAGAUCUACUGCCAGAUCAUGAAACAGAUGACAAACAAUAACAACCGGCACAGCAUGGAUCAGGGUUGGCAGCUGCUGUGGCUGUGUUGUGGUCUGUUCCCCCCCAGUAAUUCAUUGCUGAAACAUGCACAGCGCUUUUUGGACACCCGGCGGCGGGAGCCAUUAGCCCCUGACUGUCUGCGUAGGCUGCAGGGUGCUCUGAGAAUGGAACCCAGGAAGCUUCCUCCUCACCAGGUCGAGUUGGAUGCCAUUCGACAGAACCGUUUUAAGAUCGUACACAAAGUCUUUUUCCCUAAUGACACAGACGAGUCAUUUGAAGUCGCAACUAACACCAAGAUCCGAGACCUGAUCAAAAUUAUCGCCAAUAAUCUCGGCCUGAUCUCAGACGAUGGCUUCAGCAUCUUUGUAAAAACACAAGACAAGGUUCUGAGUUUGAGUGAGGCAGACUACUUUUUCGACAGUCUGAGACAGAUCACCGACUGGUCCAGAAAAACUAAGAUGGUGAAGGAUGGAGGACCAGUGAACAUUCCAUACCAGGUAUAUUUCAUGAGGAAAUUGUGGUUCAACGUAAUCCCUGGCAGAGAUCAGGAAGCAGAUCGCAUCUUCCACUAUCCCCAGGAGUUGCCCAAGUAUCUGCGCGGGUACCACCGCUGCACUAAAGAGGAAAUGGUGCAGCUGGCCGCACUCCUCUUCAGGGUUAAAGUAGGAGAUGAUAAGACUCAGUUUGUCAUGAUCACUAAGAUGCUGAAAGAGCUUGUGCCCAAUGAUCAGCUAAAAGCCAUGUCAGCUGAGGACUGGAAAAAGAGCAUUGUUGCUGCAUACAACAAACAGGCAAGCCUGACAGCAGAGGAUGCCAUAGUGGCCUUCCUGAAGGUCAUCUUUAAGUGGCCCACAUUUGGCUGUGCCUUCUUCGAAGUGAAGCAAACAUCGGAGCCCAACUUCCCUGAUAUUGUGAGGCUUGCCAUCAGCAAACAGGGGGUUACAAUCAUACAUCCUAAAACCAAGGAUGUCCUAGCAAGGCACCCGUUGAAUGUGAUUGCGAGCUGGUGCAGUGGGAGCACAUACUUCCACAUGACUGUAGGCAAUCUGGUCAAAGGAAAUAAGAUUCUGUGUGAAACCUCCCUGGGCUACAAAAUCGAUGAUUUGUUGACGUCCUACGUCAACAUGUAUCUGAACGAGACAAGAGCACAGAGAACCAGGAACCAGCGCUUUAACUGAUACCUGACCUGACCUGGAAAAAUGAUGAAAUUAUUUCAUUCUGCCUUUAACACACUUUCACUUCCAGUCUUCAUGUUUGCCACAAACAAUCACACAGUAUACGGUUAAACAAGCUUGAUAUGAAUGUUAAAGGAUAUGUUUAGUGAUUAAAAUCCUCUUAUUGAUUCAUGCAUGAGAUUUUAGAUCCUUUAGAUUUGCUUUUUCCUCUUCUGGUUAUUGGUAAGAUGUUGGUAAGAGUCUAGAGUUCUUUUUCUGAUCAUUUAUUUAUUUAUUUCCAAAUGUAAAGAAUAAGAUAUCGCUGUACUUUCUAUGUUACUCCCAAAAUCAGCUCUUAUAUUAUAACAUCAUAUAAAUUUGCUUAGACCUGGAAUAUAUAAUACAGUGCUAUGAAAUAGUGAUCACUUGUUUCCUAAACUAGCGGUUUGCAUUACAAUGUAUUUACACUUUUAUCUUAAUGAAAGAGUUGCUUUGGUAAAAAUGGCCAAAUAAAAAGAACAUUGCUUAUUGCUUA